AUGUCAUUUUCUGUGAAAAAUUUAAACGUCAAACUUUAACGUCAACAAAGUAUUUUUAAAUAUUCUUUUUAGUUUUUCAUUGUAUAAAAAUAAGAAUAAACACAAAAAUGGAUCGCGUGAGUGUAUUAGAACAAGAAAUCGCCGAUCUACGCAAAAUGCUACACGAAAAAGAGACCGAAUUAUAUCAAAUAAAAAAUGGUUGGGUAAUGAGACAGCUCACCACACCGGUGGAACCUGAACGACAAAAUUAUAAUAAUAGUGGCGUACAAUAUAGUGGAAAUUUGCCCAAAUGGGCUAUAGAAAGGUACAGUCGACAAAUCCUCCUGCCUGAUAUAGGGGUCGCUGGCCAGGAGAAGCUGUGUAAAGCCAGGGUUUUGAUCGUUGGUGCUGGCGGUCUUGGGUGUCCUGCGUCGGUGUACCUCGCAGGAUCUGGAGUAGGAGAGAUCGGCAUAGUAGACUACGAUACAGUGGACGUGACGAACAUUCACCGCCAGAUCCUCCACUAUGAGAAGGACGAGCACGUCAGCAAGGCGGAGUCUGCGGCCCAGACCCUCAGGAGCAUAAACUCUCGAAUCAAAGUGACUCCAUACUCAAUCCAAUUGGACUCCACUAACGCUAUGCAAAUCGCCGCGAACUACGAUAUCAUAUUGGACUGCAGCGAUAAUGUGCCGACGAGGUAUCUGCUGAACGACUUGAGCGUUAUGCUGAAGAUACCCUUAAUAUCUGGAAGCGCUUUGCAAAUGGAAGGUCAGCUAACAAUAUAUGGAUAUAGGGCGAACAACAAUCCCAAGGAAAUGAAUGGCAACUACACGGGUCCGUGUUACCGCUGCGUGUUCCCCACUCCGCCCCCUCCCGAAGCGGUUGGCAGUUGUUCAACGAACGGCGUGGCCGGCCCCAUACCGGGGGUCAUUGGCGCCCUCCAAGCGUUAGAAGCGAUAAAGUACAUCGUGGGACACUCCCACAGUGGGCUACUGGUCGAACGGAUGCUGCUGUUCGAUGGAGAUGACACUACGUUCAGAACUGUUAAAUUAAGGCCAAGGAACUCAGAGUGUGCGGCCUGCUCAGACACACCUAGUAUUUGCCAAUUGUUAGAUUAUGAGACGGUGUGCAAGACCCAAGCCAAAGAGAAGGACCUCGACCUCCACAUACUGCCGCCUGAAAACAGGACGCUGCCCACAGACCUUGCGGGUGUGUUGAACAAAACUGAUCAGCGCCAUCUAUUGAUCGAUGUCAGAAGCGAGCCGGAGUUCCUGAUGUGUCGUAUAGAUGGCGCUGUCAAUUAUCCUAUAGAGAAAAUUGAUGGAGUGCUGGAGAAAUUGGUGGGAGAGAUCGAAGAGUGUGAUCAAGUAACAUUCAUAUGUCGUCGAGGGAACGAUUCUCAAAUCGCUGCCAAGAAAGUUCUAGAUGUUAUCGGAGAAGAACAUUCUAGGAAGAUCAAAGACCUCACCGGAGGACUUCACGCCUGGUCGAAGCACGUGGACAGACAGUUUCCAGUUUAUUAGCACUAUCAGGCUUUCAUCAUCAUCAUCAGGAUGUCCACUGCUGAACAUCAUUAUCAUCAUCAUUUCAGCCGGGAAUCGUCCACUGCUGGACAUAGGCCUCCAUUGAGCGCCACAGGGACCGCUUCUGGGUUACCCUCAUUCAUCGGACCCUCACCAGGUCGUCGGUCCAUCUCGUGGGGAGCCUACGCUGCGUCUUCCGGUUCGUGGUCGCCACUCCAGAACAUGCACUGCUGAACAUGUCCCCAAAGAAUUUCAGAUUGACCUAUUGUAAGCCUGCAUCCAGCGACCUCCUGCUUUAGGGCAGCCUUAUCAACCUUCCUAAAUAUAGAAACUCUAUACAGUCUUCAAUAAACGACGCCGAUCUUAAUCUUGAGAAUGAACCAAUAGCAAUCGUUUUUUUUGAGUUACGGACCCCGCAGUCGACACCUGGACAAGAUAAAUGUGUAAAGUGUCUCCAAAAUAUGUGGAGCAGCUCCUGUUAUUCAAAUAGGUACCUGACAUAUAUAACAUUAUAUUAUAGAGUAGCGAAACAUAACUAUUGGGAAACAGCUUUUUUAUUUUAUUGUGGUAUUGACACGUUAGGUAACCUUCAAGGUCCGUAGAUAUUCGGAAAACGUAAGACCUACGAAUAACUACAUACAUAUUACGGAAGUUUGUUACUCACCUCAAUGUCCCGUGUUAUAUGACCUCACCCACAUCUCUCGAAGUGAUUCUCGUCCAUGUACGUGUGAGCAACCUGCCGGAUACUGGAAUCCCUUGGUUUAGUGACAGGAGCUUGGAAAGUUGGGAGGAGAUAUCCGAGUUGUGGAGGAAGGAUAAGAAACCAUCUUAGGAAGAGGGGAGACGGUCAGGGAAUGCUCGCGAGCCCUUAUAAGCCUCAAUGUGUUUUUUUUUCUUUCACGCUCUCACUUACCACUACAACUCCUGUGAGCAGGUGGCACGCAUUUUAUGACACCGAGCAGUAACGCUGGCCGAGUCUCAGAGAAAUAAUAAUAAUAAUAAUUU